AUGUCCUUGAAUAACAAUUCUGAACACUCACAAAAUCUUAUACCCACCUUCAAUACACUUUCUCAUCCAGAUGAUCUUUUGAUCGAAGUGAGUAGUGAUUCCAGCAAUGAAAAACCUAAUGAAAAAUCCGACAAACAAGUUUCUUUUAAGCGAAGUAAAAACGCUCACCCCCUUUGGAAGUAUUUUGUCCAAUCUUCGGAUGAAAACUAUAUUGAUUCUGAGUAUCUUAAAUCAUCGACUUCACGAGGUGUAGAACAUUACGGUAUUCGUGAUGAAAAAAAAGUCAAAAAAAUAAAUAGACUUUUGGUACGAUGGAUAGUCUGUAAUCAACAGCCAUUUUGUGUGGCCGAAGAUGAAGACUUCCGAAUGUUUGUGUUUGAACUUGACCCCGCUACAGGAUUCCUACAAGACAAACAAUCUCGAUCCACAUUUGGCG